AUGGCACUUAAAGCAUCCUGUGCGAAGAUGGCACGACCAGUGAUCACCCCUUUUAGUAUUCGUCCUACAGCUCCUGAGACCUUCUCUGUUCUUGAACAGCGGAUGCGUAUGGCCGAGGAACAAACAGAGUCUUUGAUCUCUGACUUGAGAGCACUGGGUGUUAACAGCCAGAAGUAGGAGCAUCAAGAAUUUAAGUAUGAAAAUCAUGCUGAGUUUCUUCGUCCAUUAAGUCCUGUAAGAGCAAGGCCAGCAUUUACCGGAGAUGGUGAUACACUGUGGAGAAAUUGUGAGAAUCUUGUCAACCGCGUGUGUCACAUGGAAAGCAUGUUGCAGACACUCAAACUUAAUUUAUUCCGACUACAUACAGAUCGGGAGUUGCACACCAAACAUUCUGGAGAAUUAGAACAGCGUCUGCGUGAAAUGCAAGAUGAGCAUGCUGCAGAAAUGAAAGAUGCUCAGUUAGAAAAAAUGAGACUGCACCAAAGGUUGAACAAUGCAAUCGAGAACAUGGAAAGAGAAUCAGAAGCUAAAGAGAGGUUAAGUGCUGCGUUGGAGAUUGCAACAACCACAAAGAAAGAUGUGGCAAUGGCAGCUGAGGAGAUGAAGGCUACAAAAGUCCGAAUGAGCCAGAGACUGGCUGAGCUGCAAGAAAAACUGUUGGAAGAAGCUGCUCUACAAGCAUUGCUUGAAGAGGAGCAGGCGGUCCUACUUCUUACAGUGGAAGGUUUGAAAAACAUUGUUGAAGAGGAGCAGGCGCAGGUACGGAAGCUACAGCAAUACUGCAACACUGUAGAGAGAGAAGGACAGGAAAUGAAGGACAAACUAGAACAAGGGAAGUCGAGAUGUAAAAAACUGGAAAAGGAGAACAAGCAAUUUCAAACAGAAUUGGAAGCUAGGGAUUCCCUUCUAAACCAGUUGCAGGAAGAAGUCAAAUUUACGAAACAGAAGCGAGAAGCAGAACAGGCUGAACUUUCUCAAAUCCGACUUGACACUGUCACUCUUCAUGGAGCAGCCGAAAAAAUUCAGUCUUUAAACCAACAGCUAGAGAGCCAGUGCUCAGAGCUUACUGUUACUGUCCGAAGACUCACCAAUGAGAACACCCAUCUCAAGACACAGCACCAGCAAGAUCUUAAGGUGGUGCAAGACACCACAUCACAAACGCUGCAGGAACAAGAGCUUGUAUUAAAUACAGUGCAGAAAAGCCUGAAUGAAGAGCUGCAGACCUUGCAGAGACAUCAAACAGAGUUAGAGAGAGAACUUGAGACUUUACGGGCUGAACACACAGAAUGUCACAGAAAUAUUGCACUUGCAAAGCAGAAGAACACAGUGCAGAAGGAGAUGCAAGAUUCUACCAUUGCUCGUCUGAGAGCAGACCUGGAAUCUGCACUGAGGGACAGAGCAGUGUUGGACAAUGAAAAUAAAUUGCUGCAGGAGGAGCUGGAUGGGGCACAGAGAGACUUCCUGGAGAACAAACAAAACAUGGAAAUUCUGCUGACUGAAAAUAAGCUAGAGUUAAGUUCUGUACAGGCUUCUCUUUUGGCACAUGAGAAGGAAAAUAAGCGACUUAUGGAUCAGCUGGCAGUGCUGGAGCAGGAACAGAAUGCUAAAAGACAAAUCGAGGUACUGCUGACUGAACUGACAGACAGCAAGGGUAAACUGGCAUAUGAAAAAGGAAAGCUGGAGAGCAGAGUACGUACCUUACAGUCUGACCUACAAUCUGUUUGUGAUGCUCAGUUAGAGAAUUCCAAGCUUCGUAAACUCAGUGGUGCUCUGGAGACCAAGUACACACAGAUUACCUCAGAGCUUGACUCUCUCAAAAUCAGACUGCAGAGAACAGAGGCCAAACUACAGCAGACUGAGAACUUCUUGAAUCGUAAGGAGGAAGACUUCACAUUAGCUAUCCAGGCCAGGGAUGAGGCUGUCCAAGAAGAGAAAAAGCUUAGAGAACAGAUCAAAGCUCUUGAGGAGAAAAAGGAGCAUAAUGUAUGUAAUACACAGCAGCUGUCUGAUGUCUGUGAGGAGAGAAGUAGAAUGUCUGAAACUCUGGAGAAUGUCUUGUCCUCCCACACUAAGCUACAGAAGAACUUAGAAAAACUUCAGACUGAACUGGGGUGCAGAGAUGCGGACAUCGUAAAUCUUCAUAAAGACCGGACAAAUAGUCAGAAGCGGAUUCAGAGACUGGAGGUGGAGCUUUCAGAAUGUCAGAGGAGGCUACAGAAAGCUGAUUCACAACAGCAUGGAAAGAUAGAACCUCUUCAAAGAUCCAUAGAGAUUGCAUGGAAAGAUAACCAGAAACUAUCCCGUGCUCUGAAUCAGGCUCUUCAGAGAAACUCUCUUUUACAGCACUGUGUAGAGGAACUGGAAGAGGGGCUUCAAAAUAAAGAAGCACAGGAAAAGCAAUUAUUGCUAAUUAAGAAGCAGGCUGACGAAGAGGUCAAAAUGAAGGAGCAUCUAUUAGAGGAACACCUGACAUCUCUAAGCAAACAGCAUCAAUUGGAGUGUAAAGAGUCAAAGAAGACUGCACGAAAAGAAGCAGCAGAGCUAAAGAAAGCGCUAGAUAAUGCCACUGCAAAAUCAGCAGAGCUCUCGCGGACAAACAGAGAGCUGAGAACUCGGGAAUCCAUACUGCGAAAAGAUAUUCAGCAACAGAAGGAUAUUAUACGUGGACUUAAAGCACAGCUCAGAUGUUACACGGAGAGCAAAGGGUCCAGAAAAGAAGCAGAGAGAAUACAAGACAAAGCAAUAGGUCCAUUUAAUACAUUUGCUGAUCCAUUUGCUGCUGGAAGCAAAGACAAACACUUGGUACUUCCAGAUAUAUGA